UUCAACGGUUGUAGCUCGUGGCAGUCUGUGCGGCUCGCGGACGAAGCGCUACCCUCCGUCGAGUUUUACCACAGAAUAGUUUUAGCACAGAAUAGCUCCAUGUCCUUCAGGAUGAUGAAGAAAAAGAAGUUUAAAUUUAAAGUAGGUUUCGAGUUGGAAGAAUUGUCAUCUGUACCGUUUGUCAAUGGUGUUUUGUUUUGUAAAGUAAGGUUAACUGAUGGAGGUUUCUCAGAGGAGUCGUCAAGAGAGCCAGUUCUAGCUAACUGUGUGCGUUGGAGCAAGAGGUUCUCCUUCCUGUGCAAGAUGAGUGCAAGUGCAGGAACUGGCAUUCUAGAUCCAUGCGUGUGCAGAGUAUCUGUGAGGAAGGAACUUAAAGGUGGCAAGACGUUUGCAAAGAUUGGCUUUGUGGAUCUGAAUCUGGCUGAAUUUGCUGGUUCAGGAAGCGUCACUCGGCGCUGUUUACUGGAGGGUUACAACACCAAACGCACACGCCAGGACAACUCCAUACUGACGCAGGUGAUCAUAUGUAUGCAGCUGAUGUCAGGUGAUCCCUGCUUCAAAACGCCUCCUUCCACAACGAUGACUGUUGGUUUCCCUGGAGACGCAGAGAGUCUUCAUGAGGACAGGAGAGGUGGAGACACACCAAAAACAGCAAAUGAGAACGAAGGGAAGAGCCAUGCUGGCUGUGUUCUUGAAGAUUUUGGAGGAUGUGGUCACUCGAGAACCGCUAGCUAUGCCAGCCAGCAGUCCAAGCUAUCGGGCUACAGCACAAGUCAUUCAUGCUCCUCUAGCCUGACGGAGCUCUCCCAUAGGAGGAAUAUUUCAGUGGGCAGUGCCUCCAUAGGAGUAGGCAGCCUACCAGAGGACAGAGAGUCUCUUUCUUCUGCUUACUGUGCAGCCAGUGACCCCCAUCACCUCAGCUCCACCACAGACAGAGCCAACAGGCACCUUACUAAACAGGAUUCAGUGUUGGCUCAGUUGAAAAGGAUGGACGAUACCAGAGUUGAUGCGGAUGACAUUGUAGAGAAAAUCUUGGAGAGCCAGGAUUUCAGCCACAGUAUGCUUGACUGUAGCGCUGAGGAGGAAGGUUUGCGGCUCUUCGUUGGCCCUGACGGUAGCACAACUCUGGGCACACAGCACACAAGGGUUGGUGCUGGCACCUUCGAGCAGGUGGUUAUUAAGCGCUAGACUCUGAGCUCACCCCAGAUGCUGUAAUAAUCCUGUUUUGACAGAAAGUGAUGGACAAGGUACCACCAGUUGUCUUCCCUCUCUAGCAGAGACCAAUGUCAACUCUGCAGCACCACUAUGCUGCUGUAAUAAGAGCAAACAGUAUUCUGCUCCCUCUGGUGGUUAAAUAGGAACAGUACAUUGAUUUUGAUCUUCUGCCUGCAAGUUAAAAUGGUGCCUCUCAUUACAGCUGGUCUGUAAUGCACUUCAAAUUGAAAUAAUGUAAAACUGUUGCCAAAUUGUAUGGUUGAACGACAUUUUUGUACUGUUUACAUGGGCUCAUCAGAAAUGGAUGAGAAUUGCUGUAUUGUGCCAAACAUUUCCUCAAUGUUUUCUAUAAAACCUUUGUUCAAGCAAUUUCA